ACUCUUUUUCCAUAGGAUCAGUUAUAAAAAGAAUGGCCAGUGCAAUGAGCAGCUUACUUUCUUGGUCUCAUCAGUGAAAAUUAGACUCACCAAAGGCGUGCAACCAUUUCUGGAAACAGCACUGGCUGACUCGUUCAUCUCUAUAUGGUCAGUCGUGUUCCUGCAGGACCAAAAGAGCAGACUGGUUAGUGAAGAAUGCUGUCAGAAGGGUAUCUCAGUGGACUUGCCUACCGGAAUGAGACCCUCUGGAGUUGUACAUCUUAUAACGAGCAGGUGGCUGAGGAAAAGGAAGAGGAGACCGAAGCCACAGCUGCACCUGCUCUUUCCUAUUCCUCUGUGGAUGAAACACAAGUCCAAAGUCUCUAUGUGAGCUGCAAAUCCUCUGGCAAGUUUAUUUCUUCCGUGCGUUCAAGAGAGAGCCAACGCAGUAGAAAUCCGAGAAUCACAGUGGUGCAGACAAACCCUAAUCCUGUCUUUGAAAGCCCAAACUUGGCUGCAGUUGAAAUAUAUAGAGACCCCAGCAGAGAGACCUAUUUGGUUCCACCUUCCUGCAAGAGUAUUUGCAAGAAUUACAAUGACUUACAUAUUGCAGGGGGCCAGGUGAUGGCCAUUAAUUCAGUGACAACAGAUUUUCCCUCUGAGAGCAGUUUUGAAUGUGGUCCUUUGCUGAAAUCGUCUGAGAUUCCUUUGCCCAUGGAGGAUUCCAUUUCCACUCAGCCCAGCGACUUUCCACCAAAACCGAUCCAGCGGUAUUCAUCCUACUGGAGAAUAACCAGCAUCAAAGAGAAAAGCAGUCUGCAAAUGCAGAAGCCUAUUUCGAAUGCAGUGCUGAAUGAAUACCUGGAGCAGAAGGUGGUGGAGUUAUAUAACCAAUACAUCAUGGACACUGUGUUUCAGGACAGUUCUCCUACCCAGAUUCUGGCAUCUGAACUCAUCAUGACAAGUGUGGACCAAAUUAGUAUUCAAGUCUCUAGAGAGAAGAACCUGGAGACCUCCAAAGCCAGAGAUAUAGUCAUUAACCGCCUCUUACAGUUGGUGUCAACUGAAAUCAGUACUCCUAGUCUCCAUAUUUCUCAGUAUAGCAACGUGAAUCCAUAGAGAGGAUGCUUCUAUUCCUCUUUCUCAACUACUCAAAUUCUAAGCAACAAUUAUUCAUUUAUUCUGAGAAUAUGUCAGAAAGGGUUAUGAAGGGGAGUCAGAGCUCGAGAAAUGAAGGUUGGCUGGAGAUUCGGUAUGGAAUAAGAGGAAAUCUACUAAUAUUUCACAUGAAGGAAUGUGGUAAGAGGAACUACAGUGAUUUCAAAGCAAGGGCUAUAUAGCAACAAAGCAAAACUAAAAAUCAUCAGAGAAAAGGUAUGGUUCAUUAAAGGGAAUACAGAAAUUGAGAAAGACAAGCCAAGUAUGAAUACACACCACAGCAAAACUAAAAGCCAAAGGUUUCAGGGUAUGGAGUUUCGAAUAGAUUUGUCACCCAAGUAACUUUCUCCAAGUUGUUUCUUCUUGAGGGAAAUGUACUGUAGAAGGCUGCUAUAUUUGGGGAGAAAGACAGGUCCAGUUUUCAAAACAUGUUUAUUUCUCUUUUCUCUAUCCUGUAUCUGAUCAUUUAAAAUAUAUUCUUUAUAAAUAUUAAAACGGUA